CAGAGACAGAAACAGAACCCUUUCCCCCUUCCAAUAACAAAACGCUUUCAACUUCUUCAUUUUCCUUUUCUCGAGUACAAGGAAUCCAAGCUUUUCCUAUGUUUCAAAACUCAAAAAAAGAUCUAUUCUUUCCUUUCCCAAAUGAAAGACCCAAUGUUCCACAGAGAUCACUUCUCUUAUCCGCCACCCUUUUUCCUACAUAAACCCCCCUGUCGCCACCCAUACCCACAAACUCCGGAGACAGUCGUGGUCGGAAAAUGUCGGAAAACGGCGAAAUACCAAUUCACACUGCUCCGGCAAACCAGCCAAAGCGUCGCCACACAGCUCGGGCUCGCUAUUAUGCACACCGGGUGCGUGAAAGCCUGACGACACGUAUCUCCAAAUUCGUGUGCUCCAUUUUCUUGGUUCUGCUUCUGGUUUUGGGUGUCGUCUUCUUCAUCGUUUGGCUUAGCGUACGCCCACACCGGCCUAGGUUCCACAUCAGUACUUUUUCCUUUCCGACCCUGGUACAAGAUAACGGUUUCGAGAACGCUCAGGUAUCGUUUAACGUUACGAUCCGAAACCCGAACCAGGAUAUCGGGAUUUAUUACUAUUCCAUGAAUAGUAGUCUGUAUUAUCAAGAGAAACGUAUCGGAGGGGAGCCGUUACCGUUACCGUCAGCAACGCUCCCGUACUAUCAGGAACCGCAGAGUACGAUGUGGAUAAGUGCGCAGUUGGGUGUGCCCACCUCUUUGGUGAUAACAGAUGAGCGGUGGGCGGCGUUAAUGGCGGAUAAGGCGAACGGAAAAGUGUGGUUUCGGUUGGAAUUGACGUCGGUGAUCCGGUUCAAAGUUUCCACGUGGGAAGGUAAGCACCAUAAGAUGCAUGCCAGCUGUCAGGUUGUGGUGGGCCAGGAUGGUAUGAUCUUGCCAGUCUCCAGAGAUACGAGGUGCCCUCUUUAUUUCAGUUGAUGACAUGGAUAUUUUUAUUCUUUUGGUUUUAAAAUGUAAGGUGGACUUGUAUUUUCCUGAUUUC